AUGAUAAUUGUAGAAAAUACAGACGACUCUAAAUUAGCUUCUUGUCCACCAUCAGAUUAUGCCUGUCAAUGUGAUAUGCGCAAACGUAUUGAAAUUCAGCAUUGUUUUCAACAAUCUCAAGAUAUUGAUAUUCAAAAAGAAGGAAAAGCCUACGAGCUUGCAAUUCAACAUUUUUGUGAGCUGCCAGUUCAAAAACAGCUUUUCCUAUAA